AUACAUCCAAACCGGUCGAAACCGGACCGUAUCACCCCUGAUUGCUAGUGAGAGGAGAAAGAUAGGGCGAAGUGGGUUGUUUAUGGUGUUGGAAAAUUACUCCUACAAAGAGUUGAAAGAAUGACGGAAGCGGCGGUGCUGUUGGAGGAGUUUCGAUCCUCCCUCACGACUUGGUGAUUCUGAAAGUGCUCACAAGGCUCCCGGCCAAGUCCCUGACGCGAUUCAAGACCGUGUCGAAGCACUGGCGGUCCGCCAUCUCCGAUCCGUCGUUUUCCGAGGCGCACCGCCGCCUCGCUCGUUCCCGAUCCGGCGCCACCCGCCUCUUCAUCGAGACGUAUGGCGACCGCGGCGUCGACUUUUCCUUGUUAGGCUGCUUCCUCCAAGCCCUCCCGUGCCACGGUAAUAAAUCCCUAUUGCUCGACCCCUUUACUGUACACGAAUCAUCAGAUAAUAAUAAAUACAAUGGUGCUACCGAAGUCAUCAACGGCCUCUUUUGCUUGUACAACGAUAAUCGCGUAUGGGUAUGCAACGUCUCUACCCGUGAAACUGAAAUGUUAUGGUGAAGAAAAGGUUCUCCAUUAAUGUAGCCUCGUUCCCAAAUGGUGGUUUCAAAGCUAGGAGCCUUGUUGAAUAACCCAUUAACUCUCAACCAAGCAAACCAAAUCUAUGCUCUCAUUCUCACCAGCGGUCUUAACCAUCUCCAACCCUUACUCAUCCGUCAACUUCUCGUACCCCAACUCAGUUACUCUCAACCCACAACUCAAUAUCUCCGUUUAAUUCUCUCCCAUAUGCAAGACCCAAAUGUUUUUUCAUGGUCUUGUACCAUUAGGUUCCUUUCCCUGCACAAUCAGUUUAGAGAGGCUUUUAAUAUGUAUGUAGAGAUGCAUAGAUUGGGUUUGUGUCCAAACACUUUUUCCUUGUCUUCUUCUUUGAAGGCAUGUGGUAGGAUUGGGUAUAAGAUUGGCGGGGUUUCAAUUCAUGCUCAAGUUCAUAAACAUGGGUUUUGUAAGGUUGUUUAUGUGCAAACAGCUCUUGUUGAUUUCUACUCAAAGGUAGGGUGUGUGGAGAUUGCGCGGAAGGUGUUCGAUGAAAUGCUUGAGAAAAAUGUGGUUUCUUGGAAUUCGAUACUAUCUGGGUAUAUGAAGUCAGGGAAUUUGGCCGUGGCGCGUAGCAUGUUUGAUGAGAUGCCGGAGAAGGAUGUUAUUUCUUGGAAUUCGAUGGUUUCGGGAUAUGGGAGAGAAGGGGAUAUGGAGCAAGCGUGCGCUUUGUUUCGCCAGAUGCCAGAGAGAAAUGUAGCUUCUUGGAAUGCGAUGAUUAGUGGAUAUUUGAAUAGUGGGAAGGUAGAAUUGGCACGGAGUUUCUUUGAAGCAAUGCCUAGAAGAAAUAACGUUUCGUUGAUUACAAUGAUUAGUGGGUACUCGAAAUGUGGUGAUGUUGAAUCUGCUAAGGAUCUCUUUGACCAUAUGGGUGAGAAAGAUCUACUGUUGUACAAUGCCAUGAUAGCUUGCUAUGCUCAAAAUAGCCGAUCAAAGGAGGCCCUUCAGCUAUUCAACAAGAUGAUUCAGCCCAAUGUAAAUAUUCAGCCGGAUAAAAUGACAUUUGCUAGUGUUCUAUCCGCUUGUUCUCAAUUGGGAGAUAUGACAUCCGGGUCUUGGAUUGAGUCGUAUAUGAAGCAACUCGGAAUUCAAAUUGAUGACCAUUUGGCUACUGCCUUGAUAGACUUGUAUGCAAAGUGCGGAAGCAUUGAUAAGGCAUACAAGCUGUUUCAACUCUUGCAGAAGAAGGAUUUGGUUUCCUAUUCUGCAAUGAUUCUGGGAUGUGGAUUAAACGGUAGGGCAAAGGAUGCCAUCACGUUAUUUGAACAAAUGAUGGAGGCCCGAAUUUUUCCAAAUUUAAUUACCGUCACUGGGAUAUUAACCGCCUAUAACCAUUUUGUUUUGGUUGAAGAAGGCUAUAAAUGCUUUAACUUGAUGCAGAAGCAUUAUGAACUUGUGCUCUCGGCGGACCAUUAUGGAAUUAUGGUCGAUAUGUUAGGGCGGGCAGGGCGAUUGGAGGAAGCAUAUGAGUUGAUAAAAAGCAUGCCAAUGCAACCACAUGCUGGGGUUUGGGGAGCUUUGCUUCUUGCUUGCAGCGUGCAUAGUAAUCUUAAGAUAGGGGAGAUUGCAGCUAAGCAUUGCUUUGAGUUAGAGCCUGAUGUAAGUGGUUAUCGGUCUCUGCUUUCCAGUAUAUACGCCUCGGUUGGGAGGUGGGAUGAUGCCAAGAGUUUGAGAGAGGGUUUGCAGAAAAAGAUUCCUGGUUGUAGUUGGAUGGAACAGAGUUGAGUCAAAUCAAAAGGUGGGCGUAAAUUACAAGUGUUCAUUGGUUGGAUGGGGACACUGUCGCAUUGCUAUACCUGUAAAUCAUAUCUGAUUCAUUGGUUGGAUGAAAGCACUUAUACUUUCAUAUAUCCCAUUGGAUUUUGAAUUUGUGGCAGGAUAUUCCAGGGGGAGGAAAAUGUUGGGGAUUAUUUCCAGAAGGAUGUGUGGAGGGUUUUUGCUUAACAGGAGCUUCCUUCCUCUGAUCUUGUGCAUGAAAAUGCCAAAUUCUAUACCGAUUCUUUUGUUUUUUCUUCUACUUCUAAGGAAUACAAGUUGGUUAAAUUAUGCUUGUUUCCUAUGGUCUUCAAGAGGGAUGUUCGCUAUACAGAGUGCGAGAUUCACACUUUGGGCAUUGACACGUCCUGGAGAGGGCUGAGUGUGUUUCAGGCUCCGCCCAUCAAAUACUCGGACUCCAACAGAAGCAGCGCGUCCAUUGAUGGAGCUAUCUGUUUCUGGCAGGACGGGGGAACUGGAUUCGUCGUUUUCAACAGCCAAGAUGAGAGCUUUCAAGAGAUUGAACACCCACCAUGGGCCUCCUGCAAACAUUCAUUUUGGUUGUCUUUCAUAAGAGGGGAUUGUUCAUUGGUGCAAUUUAGAGGCCGUUUUGCAGUGGCAAGUGGGGUGGUUGAUUGGAAAUUACCGCUCUGGGUGUUGGAGUUGGAGUAUAAAGGACAGUCGCGGUCAUAUGAAUGGAUUAAGGAGGGGUAAUCGAUGUUCUGUAUGAUUUUCCUGUCCACAGAUAUAGUUUUUUGGGAACCUCCCCACAGGUGAGAUGUUAUUGACUCGUGUAAAGAUUAAUAAGUCAGCUAUACCUGUUUAUUCAUAUGAUCACAUUGAAAGAAAGUUUGAGGAGUUUGAAAUUGGCAAGUUCCCUUUAUCUGAAGCUUCGAUCAGGAAGGUCCGUAUCAACUAUUGCGAGGAAAAUGUCACACCGUUGAGCUCCAGCUUUUCCUUUCAGGACGGCUAUUCCCCAUGAAUCAGUCUGCUCAAUUCCCUUCUCUAAUUUAGCUAUCGAUUCAGUUUCAGUGUGUCACAUUUUAUUUGACGUUUUAUGUGCUAUGUAGUAAGUUAUUGUCAGAUUGUUGCAGAAUGGAUUUCAAUGUGUCGUUUGGAUAAUGUAUCUUGUAAUGCUUAAUAUAUUUUGUUGCAGUAUGGAUUGCAAUGUGUUGUUUGUUUA